GUUCGCUUGCAGGUGCCGCCCCGAACCAGUCUCGACGAUUUAGGCUUGGGAGGAGCAUGCCCCCAAUUGCUCUUGCCCGGUCCUGAAUCAAUAAGCACAAACGCUAAUGUGAGGAAGGACCGUGCUAGGCCCAUGGUAAGAUUUGCGCCCCACACAAACUUAAAUCAGCAGGCCUGCUCUCCCUCACGAUACCCUCGCGGGCAGUUGCGAACCAUCGACGGCUUUACUCGCUUAUGCUUUCCUGGGUCCGGAUUCCGUUUCCGGGUCAUGAAUUCUCCGGAGCCCCGCGUUUGCAACCUACCAAAUAGAUAAGGACAAGCAAUAACCUUAACUCUCCUUUCUACCUUCACCUCUUCAUUCACACAGCCCUUCAUGUGAGCACAAACAACGAGGUCGACACGUAAAACAUCAUCGAGAAAGGCACGCUACUCGACUCGAGCAAUGGAGAACACCGUCCGCUCGUUCAAUGCCCUCUCCAGAGAGCGGACCACCCCAAGCGGCUUGCCAAACCUCUGGGCCUUCGGUGUCCGCCACGUUCCAAUCGAGCCGGAGGGAGAUCUCGUCGUCGUGGUCCAUCCCCCGAGUCGCUAUCUUCUUUCAGCAGGGCCAGCACAGAUCCUGUCACUACCUAGCGCGCCUGCCAAAGCAAAAGCUCUGGUGCCACUCCUUCUUGACGCCUUUCUGAGCGGCAACAGCUCGAGCGGGGCUCUGUCUCAUACUUCCGAGCCCUUCUUUGCUCCCUGGUCGUGGUAUAUUGACGAUCCGAAGCUGGUGCCUGCAAUUGAGCGCGAACUGAGACUUCUCGGUGUCGAAGGUGCUCUCUGUAGGGUGAAAGAGUGCUCUGCUAAAGCCAAAGCGAUUCUCGAGGAGUGCUGGCUCACCCUUCUAGAAAGGCUGACCGGCAUGGCACAAACCACAUCCAAACAACACACGGGCCCUCAAGCCAUCACCACCUCUUCGUCAUCCGCUGUUGAGCUGGACGAUAGAUCCAGAUGUCACGGCUGUGGAUCGAACCGCGAAAGCUUCGCUACGCCGCUGAAGAAGUGCUCGGCGUGUGGCAAGGCGUGGUAUCACUCGCGGGACUGCCAACGCCAGCACUGGAAGCAGCACAAGAAGGCUUGUCUCGCCAAUCGCUCGGGGGCUAACACAUCGCCGGCCUCGGCUUCGGGCGCCAACCCUACGCUGGAUCCAUAUACGUAUUACAACCAGAUCGCACGACGAUCCUUCGAUGCCCAGGAUUUGCUCUGGGCUCUACGUCUUGACCCUGCUUCGCCCGAGGGCACGGCCAAGCCACUCCGACGCCUAGUCAUCACUGGUCAGGACAGUCCGGAGAACAUACAGAGACUCUUCGGGCCGGGCUCGCUCAGCACCAUGAAGCAAGACCAUGAGAAUGCCCGCAUCGAAGCCCUCCUGGACCCUCCCCGCGGCUCUCCAAGCCACAAAGUGAGCGCAGUGACCGACGACCCCUCUCUUGCUCGAUCGGUACGGCCUCCAACGAAGGCCGAGCAGCAGAAAUUGCAGGAAGUCAGGGAGAUACAGCAGCUCAUCCGCCAGAAAGUGGGGGCAGGAAAGUCGCCAUCUUCGGGUGACAUGAUGAGUAUCUUGACGUCUUUUGGACCAGACUGGGCCGCAAAAAUGCCUUUGUACAUACUUGCAGCCAACACUAUGGACCAAGGUGUUUACCGUUGAUCCGUGUAAGAAGCAUAACCAGGACGAUGAGGAGGAAUGUUUUGAUGAUCUGCACCAUGUUGCAUGAUGACAAGAGGCUGCGUCUGACAACAUCUCAGUUAGGAAGGUUAACCUGAAAAAGUAUUAACAUUGACCAAG